AUGGUCGAGUCCGGGAUGUCGCUGAUUGACGUUUCUGAGGUUGAGAAAUCUCAAGAAUCCAGGAUCAGAGUUAUACUUAGAGUUAGGGUCUAUGACACCAGAUUAACUCAAUCGGAAUACCGGGACAAAGCUAGGAGUAGUGAGACAGACGUUGUGGUUGGCUCAAGCGGGCUUCCAUGGGAUGCCUGGCAAAGGGCGAGAUUGUACUACACCCAUCCACAAGGGGGUCCAACUUUGGACCACCAUAACCCGUCCAGCAUAAGCCCGACGGGUGACUUAAGAGGGCAGACAGGAGCAGUGUAUGAUGUAGUCUAA